ACUUGACCCUGUCGCUCGCCAUCUCCGAAUCCUCGCAACGAGUCCACCCAUUUCCGCGCCCUUGCCUCCCGCCUCCGCCAUCCACUCUCCCAUUACACUCGCGCGCACGCCCUUAAGCUCAACCCUUUCCGCUUCUGCUUCGGCGCUUCGCUCCCCGCCACGAACUCCCCGCCACUCUGCUUGCUCCUCCCCCCGCUUGCGCUUUGACAUGACCCAAAUGCGCCUCUGCUCCCCCUCACCGCAUGCCGCAUCCCCGCAAAUCCCCCCUCGCCGUUCCUUUCUGAAAGCGGCGGCAAUAGCGCCGGUGUCGCAAGCUCACCAAAGCUUAAGGGCGCGCGGCGAUGGUCCGCGAGGAGGGGAGGGCGCGGGGAUCCUGAGGCCGCAAGCAGCGCGCGUAAGGGAUAACGCGAGGCACGGCGGAGAGGGCGGGGAGCCGUCCGGCGCGCGAACGCGGAAGAGGCGCAAUUCGUUAGUGCGCGCAGCAGCGAGGGCGGAAGGCGUAGGGGCAGCUGGAGGCGCAAGCGGUGAUGGGGAGCGGUCCGAUUGGCGCGUGGCGCGGGUGAUCCGCGUUUUAAGGGAGGACCUGCCAGUGCAGUACGAGCGAGACCUGGAUUGGUCCGUUUACGAUGGCAGCGUGGCGUUCGUGGAUCCUGUGACACGAUUGGAUGGGCUGAUUCUGUACCGAGGCAUGAUCAGCAGCCUGAGAUUGAUCACUGCUGUGGGAUUCGAACCCGGGUCUGUCGUUUUCGAGCUGCACUCCAUUGAAGAGGUCCCCCCCAGCGCCCGCACCUUCUCCCCCUUCCCCCCGCGCCCAGGCCUGGAGGGGCGGGUGGCGGAGGCAGUGGGCGCAGUGAGGAGCGUGUGGAGCACAUGGGGACGAACUCGGUGGGGGAAGGAGUUCGAAAUCACAGGAGACGACAUCUUUCGGAUUAAUGAGAUUGGGAAGGUUAUAACGCACGAAUCAGCAUGGAAUGAAUCGCCAUCACAAGUGUGGGAGUCGUUUAAACUGUAGUGCGGAAGCGCUGGGUGACCUCUCAAUCAAAGUGAUGCGUUCAGUGAGCUCUAAUGUUGAUUGAAAGCAUUGAUGGGUUGACUAUUCAAGGCACGGUGAUGGUAAGUUCACACAAAACGAGAAUUGAACGCAAGGGAUGUUGGUCGAGAGAUGAGAGAGGAUGCAAGGAAGAUGUAAAGCGAAUGAAGCCAACGAGUGGAUGGAAUCGAUGUGGGCGAUAUGCUUGCGCUUCUGCAUGGAGGCAUGCAGCCAAGGCCUCAGAUCAGAAGUCGGUCCAAAAAGGCCUGCAAGCUUGUAUAUCAUGUAAAAAUAUAACUUAGUAUGUUAUUGUAGACUGUAUAG